UGUAUUAUUGAAGUUUGUAUGUUGUGCUUACGAAGUUAUUUAUUCAGUUAAUAAUACCUAAUUGUUAAAAUUUUUGAUGUAAUGAUCAUGUAAAUGGUUUUAUUUACCAUUGUUAGUAUUGUAUACCCGACAAGUAUCAAAUGCAUAAAAAACAUUACCCGAAUGCAUUAUUUUUGUCUUGAUUGUUUGGAAAUUUGAACAGGUGUAUUGUUAAAUCAAAAAAAUCAUAAUGAAUUCUUCUGAUAUACUUGUAAGUAAAAGUUAACACAAUGCUAAGUGUUCUUAAAUUUAUAUAAUUAUUAAUAAUCAGAUAUGAAAUACGUUUUUAGGUGUAUGCAAAUGAAAUGACCAAUUAUGAAAUGAUGUUAAAUGAGUUCUAUAAUCCAAAUUCAAGCAAUACUGUAAAAUUAUAUAUGCAAGAAGAAUUUGAUAAGUUUGGUGAACGUGACAAAUGUUGGGUUCAAUGUUGUUAUAAUUUAGAAAAUAGUAAAAACCAAUAUUUAUUAAUGUUUAGCCUGAAUAUAUUGGAGGUACACUUAAUUUUUUCUAAAAAGUAGAAUAAAAGUGAAAUAAUUUCUUAAAGACUGUUUUAAAUUAUAAUAGAUGCUUAUUAAUAAGAAAUGGGAUAAAAUAACCUACAAAUCUCAAGAAACAUUAAGAGAAGCAAUCUUUAAACAUAUCGUAGUGAAGCAUAAUGAAUAUCCCAAAUUCAUGAUGAGCAAAAUGAUUAAGUUAUUAGUAGAUAUAGCCCGUAAUGAUUGGCCUGUGCGCUAUCCUAAUUUUAUUGACAAUAUUAUACAAGUAUGAACGGUUUAAAUAAUAAUAUUACAAAAAUAAAUUGUUCAUAUUAAUUUUUAUUUUUAGUUGCUCAUAACUCCCGAACAAGUUCUUCUAGGUUUAUCAUUUUUACUUUUGUCAUCUGAAGAAUUUAUAAAUCCUAAAGAAGAUCUAUUGGGUAAUAGAAAACUUGAACUAAGAGUACUUUUUUCAAAGCACAUUCCUAAAUUGUUCGACAUACUUUCAGGUACUUAAUAUUAUUUUAAUUUAGGUAAUAAAUCAUUUAAAAUUUUCUUUAUUGCUUAUCAUGAUUAAUUAUUUAAUACUUUUUGGUUAUCGCGACUACCAACAAUAGUUAUAAUGUAUUAAAUAAAAAUUAUAGAAAUAAAUUUGGUUAUUGAGACUACAUAUAUUUAUACAUUAGUGCUAGAGUAUCAAAAAGAGUGCACCACAAUAAAAUAUAUUACAAUACAAAUUAAAUAACAGUGUAAAUACAGUCAUAUUUUUGACAUUCUAGGACUCUUCUACAUUUUGCAGUGAACUAGUAAAAUGAAUUGUGAUAGUGAUAUAUUCAAAUAAAUAUAUAUUAUUACGUGGAUCUUUCCAGAAAGACCUAAAGAUAAUGUAUAAAUAUACGUAGUCGCCACAACUGAAUUUAUUUUUAUAUUUUUUUUUAAUAUUAUUAUUUUAAUAUAUAUUUAACUAAAAAAUACCAUUUAUUUUAAUCUAAUUAACAUAAAUUAAUAUUUAUUUUUAGAUAUUUUAAAAAAUGCUCCUCAAACUUCAAAUGCAAAUGAAAUAUCUGAAGCUGUGACAAAAGUAUUUUCUGAUAUGUUUACAUGGGUUCCAUUUGAAAAGCAUCUUACUCCAGAUUUAUUAAAAGUUUUGAUGCCCUUAGGAAAAAAUGAGGUAUAAUUGAAUUAAUUUUAAUUAAAGUAUUACAGUUAAUAGUUAUAAUACAGUUAAAACUACAUUUUAAUGCUUAGGAUGCUACAUCUAUUAAUGUUUUGACUAUAUUUAAUGAAGUUCUCAGUAAAUCAUAUACUCAAACAGAAGAUAAAUAUUUUAUUUUAUCUGAAUUAUGUCUUUAUACAUUCCGGUUAGUUGAGCAUGUAAUUGGUGUUCCUGUAAAAGGUUUUAUGAGUGAACCGUAAGUAUAGACAAUUUUAAAUCAUAAAAUUCCUUUAUUGAACAUUUAUUCAAAACAUUUUUAUUGUUUUGCAGUUAUUUGAUAAUAAUUACAGAAAUUCUUUCUGUGGUUAUUAGAAAAUAUUGGAACUAUCUUGAUAAUCAUUUUAAAAAUGGCGAAUUCUUAGAAAUAUUACUACAAUAUACAUUCCAGCAAGUUGACUUAGACUUGUAUUAUCAAUGCUUGGAUAUUUGGUGUAGUAUUUUUGAAGCAUUACCUGAUCGGACUGAAUGUGUUGAAAAGUAAUUCUAACAUUUUAUUUUUAAAUUUAACAUAAUAGACCAACAAUAACUAAUAACAAAAAAAAAACCUGGACAUACUUUGUGCAAUGGGUUGGUUACUGUAGUAUAUGGGAAGUUUAAAGUUGGUUUCACAUUCGUACACAACUUGAAAAAUGCAGACUUAAUCGCACUGACGAUUACAUGCUAAAUAUUAUAACUAUGAUAAGUGGCUGUUUUAUUUUAUUUAAUAUGGGCGUGACCCAAAAUACAGUAGUAAUUCAAUAAAUUAAGAUGAAAACAAAUUCAGGAGAAGUGAUAAAUGGAACCAGGUAUUUAGGUAUUAGCGGUAUUUAUUAACUAGAUAUUAGUGUAAGAACGAAGGUAUUAGCAAGAUGUAUCAUGAAGUGUAUUGGAUUGUUUGAACUAUAAUUGAUGGUGUGCUUAGGGAUCGCAAAAGUGGUGGUAGAGCGCGUCAGACGUGGAGGUACUUAAAAGUCAAUGAAUGAAUAUCAAUGCGAUUACAGAAAACUUCAAGUUGAUAUCAACUCUUCUAUCAGCUAACGUUAAUAGAAGUGUAGUCGUGCAACGAGUUGAUGCCGUUAAUAGUAAAGGUGACAAGUCCCUAAAUUAAAAAUAUAUAAUAUACAUAUGUUAUUAUAUUAUUAUACAAUUAUGGUCAGAUAAAAUACAAUUAAUAUAGAAAAAUUUUCCAAGGAAAAAAAAUAUAUAUAUAUGAAUAUAUUAGUGCCUCAUAGCCAAAAUUGUAUUGAUCCAAGUACAGGAGCACAUGCUUUAUACAUUGAGGUUAUUUGAAGUGUUUUAAAACAAUUAUACAAUAUUAAAGUUAAUAGUGCUUCAUUUUGAAAGGCAGUUGAAAGAAGAGUGGUGACAAUCAUUUUAUCUAUACAUGGAUACAAUAUUUGAUGAUUUCCUUUCAGACAUGAAAACUACAUUUUUAGUUUAAAUUUAACAUGAAAAAGGAGCUGCAGCUCCUAAGUUGAAAAAAUUAGGUUUAGGCAAAUAAAAAUAGUAUUGUAAUGAAUUAGUGUAGUAAGUAAUGAAUUUAUUAAUUUUACUAGUGAUUAUAAUGAUGCUGGGGAAGUGUUUAUCACUGUUGUAAAUGGGAAGUCAAGAAGUUGCUAAUGAAAAACGAUUUAGAGCAAAGUUUGGUUAUAUAUGUUUUGAAAAUCAUAAAUAUUACAAUUUUCAUCAAAAUAUGAUUUUAAAACACUUAUAAAAAAAUUACUACAUUACACUAAAAUUUGUUUAUUUUUCUGGCCACUAAGUACAAAAUAUAAUGAACCUCUUUUUAAAUUCUUAAGCAUUUCUGUUUAGUCUAACAAUUUAUCUAUUUCAUAGUCUACUAAAUAAAAAUUACAUAAAUAACUAACAAAAUUAAAAUGUCUAUAAAUUGCUCAAUAAUGGCUUACUUAUUUUGAAUAUUUACCAUGUCUAGAAAAAGUAAAUGUAAGUUUUCUGUUAAAAUUUUAAGUUAAAGAAUAUUUUUAAUUGAAUUGCAAAAAAAAAAAAAAAAAAAAUUAAAAGUCAUAUUAUGGUAAGAUAAUUAAAUAGGCAUUAUAUAUUUUCUUUGAUAAUAUUUGUUGAAUAUUAUACUUAUGUCCCCAUUUUUCCUACGGUUUUCCCAUGUUUUUCCCAAUUGUUGGGAAAAAUAAAAAAAUAAACUCUUUAAAGUACUUCCCAAGUCAGAAUUCUUUUUAGAAAAUAUAAUAUUAUUGUAAAUUGAAGCAAGAUUUCUAGUAGAAAAGUUGUCCACAGAAAAUAUAUAAAUAUAUAAAUAUCUUUCUAAAACCAUAUGCUUCUUCGCACCACUCAGAAUUUAAAAUAAAAAAAUAAUAUAAGAUUUUGUUUAUACAUUUUCCUGUUCUUUCUUGGUUUUUUUCGCAUUUGCUCAAUUAUUAAAAAUUAAAUAAAGAAAAAUAAAAUUGACUUUCUCGGUCACUAACAAAAUUUAAAUGUAUUUUAAAUUUUUUAUUUUUCUAUUGGAGCAACAUUUUUGGUGUAAAACCAUACAAAUUUGAAAUAAAAGAAUCGUAACACUUUAAAUUAUCAGUUUUCAUUUUUUGCCUUUUUCUGGUUUUUCCAAUUUUAUUCAUGAAAACUACUUGGAAAAAUAAAAAAAAAACAAUUUUCUUCAUAAACAUCUAGAUCUAAAAUGCAAAAACAGAGGUCUCUUGUUAUUAUUUUAAUGGAACAAUAUUUUUGGUAGAAAACAUAUUUUGAAAAAUAAAAAUAAUGAAAACGGUUACAUUAUGGUGUGCUGUAAAUAUUUGCUGUUUUAUCAUUAAUUUUCUUUCCGGUUUUUCCGAAUAUUUUGAAAAACACUUAGAAAAUCGAAAAAUGACCUCCCUAAUAUACCAACUAGAUAAAAUUUCCUUUCAGAAUAUUUGAUACACUUGAUACAUUAGAAUAAGAUUUCUUUAUAAAAAGUUAUUUACAUACAAAAAAAAAGACAUUAUAAAACCAGGGUUGCCACUUGAUCACUUUUUCAAUUAAAUUUUACUUUAGUUUUUUUUUUUGCAAAGCACAUAAAGUCCCCUUUUUAUCUUUAAAAUCACAUUUUUCAUUUUGAAUUUGUUGUAUAUUUUUUGAACUAUUUAUAAUAAUUUUUUCCAAAUAUUUUGAAAUUGUUAUACAAAGUGAUAAUUUUUAAAAUUUAUUUUGCUUAAAGACUGAACUAAAUUAUAAUUUAGUUUUUAAGUUAAUAAAUAUCUAUAAUCUUAAUCUUAACAUUGUUAUAAAUGCUGGUUGGUCAACAGAAAGUAAUUUGUAACCUUUUUAAUUAUUUAUCGUUAUUUAAAUAAUUCAUAUAUUUUGUUAACACUUUAUGUUACCAAGAAUUAAUAAAAAGUUUCUGUAGAAAUUUCUAAUUUUCAAUCCAUUUUUUUAAUUUUGUCAUUAUGAAAAAUAAUCGAUUCUUUGAGUUGGUACAUUGUACCUACUUGUAAUUUUAUAAUUGUAAGUGUCUAUCUAUUUUACCUACAUUUAAAAAUGGAUAUGUUUUCAUCAUAUUACAAUUUUAUAGUUAUUUCCAAUACAAAUUAUACAAUGCAUUUUAUACAAAAUUUUAAUAACAUAUUAAUAAAUUUAGCUAAAUCUUAUGAAACUCGUUUUAUUGAUAUAUUUAAGUAAUUCUCUUUUUGGUCACUUUUUUUCAUAAAUUUUAGUCACUUUAUCCAUUAUUUCGAGUACAACACAUUGAUGGUAACCCUGUAAAACUAAUAGAUCUCUUGCUAUGCUCCAAAUAUAAAAUACGGUAAUUCAAUACUAUUUUCUGUAAGACAUCAAAACCUAAUUUGUUAAAAAUUUAAAAAUUACUUAAAUUCAUAUUAAGAUUUGCUAAAGAUUUUACAUUUAAAAUCUUGGUUAAAAUGAUGAUCUGUGAUUUUCUGUUUUUUGAUGAUCAGAUAAUUCUUGAAUAAGUCUAAUAAUUUAUGACACUUAUUUUGUUAAUUGUUGUCGUUAAAUUAUAUAUGGACAGCAAUUCUUUUAAGACUUGUUAGUUUUAUAUUGUGCAUUCUAUUUCGACCUCAUGACUGUUCAUAUCACGUGUUGCUCAUGUCAAGUUAAAUGUACAUUUUUUGUGUUUUGCAGUUCCAAUAUUAUUGAUUUUUCUGCUCUCUUAUUUCUUAUUAAUUUUAAAGCGCCUCAAUAUUUUAUUAAAUAAAUAAUACAUAAUUAUAAGUGUUUUCCCAGAUGUUACUGUUUAAAAAUCUAAUAUGUAUUGUUUCUUGGGUUUUUCCACCAUAUAACAAUAAUUGUAUUAUAACUCGUAUUCUACUACUAAUAUACUAAACAUUUUAAUGAUACCAUGUGUUUGCUUAAAUAACUCCAAAACAUUCCUAUUAUUCCUCGCACAUCUUUAAGAAAUUCCUUAUAUAGGAAAAUAUUAUGUUCUAAUUCAAUUCAAAUACAACAAACAGUUUAAUUAAAAUGGUAUUUGAGUAACAAAUUAUAACCUAUAUUUUAAAUAAGUAAAAAAAAAAAAUAUACAUUUCUUUAAAAUUUAAAUUCAUUAUAAUUUUUAAAAGUUUUAAUAAAAUAUAUGUGAGUCAGCAUUUUUGAAUAAAAGACACUUUUGCUAGUAAUAAUUAGUAGGUGUCUACUUACACACAUUUUUAUAAUUUUACAAUGAAGUCUUUUGUGACAAACUAGUAUAUACAUAGUAUAUAGUAGUAUUAUUCCAUAUAUACUAAUAUAUGAAAUAAUUAAAUAUGACUGAUACCUAAUACUUCUUCUAUCUAAUCUUGCUACUUGAUAAUAUACCAAAAUUAAUUUAUAUAUAGGCUAGUUUUAGAUUCAGAACGGAGUGAAGAAUCUAUUGGUUUUACUACAAUUGAAAAUAAAUUUGUUUGUAACAUUUUGAAUCCAAUUGGUGAGUUAGAAAAUUGUUUUUGAUUUUCCAAGCAGUUUUCAUAAUAAUUGGGGAAAAACGUAGAUAAUAUUUAUUGAAAUUAUGGUGUUAUUAUUUUAAAUUAUUUUUUGUUGUAAUUCAGUUGAAAAUAUUUGUUGAGACUUGAAAUUUUCAUAAAAAAAUUUUAUUUACUUUUUCUAGACAUGGUACAAUUUCAAAAACAUUUUAAAGAUUUUUGUGCUAUUUAUAGGUAUUUUAUGUUUCCAAAUUUUUUAUAUAGUUUUUAUUUGAUAGGUACUAUGUGGAUCUAAUUGUUGACUAUAUAGACAUUUAACAAAAAUAAAUUGUAUUUUGUGGUAAAAGAAAUUGUGAUAAUCUUUUUUUAUAAUUUUUCAAAAUUUUGAAGAAAAUCAUAAAUAUUAUGGCUGUACAAACCAUGUUUGAACAAACUUUACUUUGAAUCGUUUUUUGUUAGCAAUGGUUUAUCAUUUCUUACAGAUAUAAUUAAUUAAACUGUGUAUUCUAUCUUCCCAACUUCCCACCUACAACUGUAACACACCAGCAGUAAAAUCUGCAAUAACAGUCUUUUGUUUUUAUGUAUUAUUAUUACCCUACUAUGUUAUAAAAAUAUAUUUUUAAAUAUAUUUAGGUAUCGUCGUGUAUUUUUGGAUCUUGUUGAAAGAGUUACACAAAAAAUAAAUACAUUUGGGAAUAUAAAUGAUGAAAUAUUCGAUGAUGAUGUGAGUAUUUGCAUUAAUAUUACUGUCUAAAGUUCAGUAUUUGGUUUGGGCCAUUUACCUAUUAUAGAUUAACUUUAAAAUAAUAUCAAUUUUUGUUGAUCCUAAUAAAAAUAUAUUACUAUUGACUAAGUUAUCCAUUGUAUUUGUGUGGUAAAGUUAUAUUAAUAAUUGCAUGCAUUUCUAUAUUUUUUUCAUAUAGUUUUAAAAUAGGUAAGCUUAAAAAUUAAACCUUCCUACUAAUUUUUCAGAGUACAUUUUAUUUUACAUAUUCAAAACAUUUGUAUUGUUUUUAAUUUUUACAUUCAAAUUACAUACAUAAUUUAUUAAUAUAAAUUGAUUACAUGUUAGGAUAAUCUACACUCUAAAUAACUUAAGAUUAUCAUUUUUACCUCCUAUCAAUUAAAGUUUUUGUUUGGUCUGAAAAUAAUUUUUGAGUCAUCCCAAGCAACUUUAAGUUAUAUGGUAUUAGUGCAAUUGUGCUGUAAUUAAUAUAUUUAUUAAUUAUUAUUAUUGUGAUAUUCUUGGCAUGGUCAAAAACUAUGCUCUAUAAAAAGUAAAAUAUAAUGUAACAUCAUACACCAUUGGCAAGAUUUUUCAUGUAUGAUUUUGGUAUAAUAUGUAUGACAGUGUGUGUAAAGUUAAUUGUUUGUCAAUAAUUUCUAUUGAGAUAUGUUUUCAAUUAAUUUUGCGCUAAAUUGGUCUUUGGUUGCAAGAGAAAAAAAAAUUAAAUUAUUGUUUUUGUUUCGGGGCUUCUUUAUUUUUUUCAUUACUAUAUGAUAGUAAUUUAGGUUAACGACAGUAUUCAAUUUAUUUUGUGAAAUACCAUCCUGCCAAUUAUAGAUAUUGUAUGGUAUAUAAGAAAUUAAUUACAAUGUCGAAAAAUACCCAACACUAAAAGUAAUUUUUUGCAUAAUAAUAUUAAGCCUAGUUUUAAUAAUUUUAAUGUAAUUUCAAGUCACCCAUUACCAUCUACAUUUACAAAAAACCUAGCUGACUCCUCUAAUACAUAUGCUCAGGCUACUUCCAGCCAGCCUUCUCAAUCACUAUUUGAUAAUUCUCCUGACAUUUCCAAAGUCCCUUACUUUCUUCAAAGAUAAGCUUAAGUCAUUUGUCAAUCCUCUAAUCUCACUUUUAACAUAAGUAAUUUCAUCCCUUCUAAGUAAAAAAAAUGAAUAAUAGCUCUUACACAAAUCAUUUGCUAUCAAUCAUAUUAUGUAAUGCAAACGGUCUAUGUAACCACUAACCACGUUAAUGAUUUACAAAGUAUGCUAUAUGAUAAGCGCAUAGAUAUUGCUCUAAUCACUGAAACCCUUUUACCAAAUAUUCGUACAUUUCUAUUCCUGGUUAUAGCUUACUUAAAUCCAAUCAUCCUGAUGGUACAGCUUAUAGUGGAGUAGCUAUACUAAUAAAAACCAAAUUAAAAUUUCUUUCACUCCCUAAUUAUUAUCAAAGUUAUGCACAAUCUUGUGUUAUCUUAAUUACUCUAAAUAAUAUAGCAUUUACUAGUGCUGCUAUUUAGAGCCCUCCUAGGCACAAUCUAACCAAUAUUGAUCUCUCAGACUAUUUUAGCACCAUGCAUAAUAAUUUUAUAGUAGAUGGUGACUACAACGCGAAACAUCAAAGCUGGGGUUGCCGUUUAGCUAACCCCUGUGGUAACCUCUCUAUAACUUUGUCCUUGCUAAUAAAUAUAAAAUUAUUUCUCCCCCAAGACCUACUUACUGGUCAACUUUCACAAAGAAAAACCCGACAUUUUGGAUAUCUUCAUUGCAAAAAGGCCCAGGAAUCUGUUUUGCUCAGUAACAAUAGUCUUGAUUUAAACUCGGACCAUUUAUUUUCUCGCCCAUGAUUGAUCGGUAUAAAUUUCAUAACCUAAUAGAUCAAGCUGUCAAUUACUUAACUACCCCCAUAAACUAGGCGGCUAGGCAACACUUUUAUUACUUUUAAGCCCUCUUUUCCCAAUCACUCAUUUAUCUCUGAUCAAGUGCGCUCAUAAAUAGUCCAAAAACAAAGAUGCACAAAACGUUUCAACUGCAUCAUGAUAAACUCGUAUAUCAAAAGGCAAAUGAGACAAUCAGUUUUAUUGAUUACAAUAAAAUUAAUAUUAACUUAGUUCUUUUGAAAAUUAUUGAGGAGAGGAGGGACUAAAUUUCAUUCCUUUUUAUGCAAAAUGAUUUUUAUCUAUUCAAAGUUGAUAAUUGAAUAUAUAUUUUUAAAUGUAUAAAAUAGUUAAUCUUUCAUUAUAAUGAAAGUGUUGUUAUGUUUGAUAUUAGUUAUUCUUAAACCACCUGCCAUAUGACUUCUUUUACAAAAAUUAUAAAUUUAUAAAAUACUUCCUAAUAUGUGUAUAAAAUAUACUUUUACAGGGACAAACUGAAUGUCAAAUUUUCUUAAACAAAAAUAUUGAAAUUAUAUCCCAAGUAGCACAUCUUUAUCCAAUUAUCGCUGUUUCUGUGGUAAGUAUAGUACAGUUAUUUAAAUUAUAUUAUUUAUAUUAUGUUUUAAAGCGAUUAUUUUGAUUUUAGGUUGAUAAUUGGAAGUUGUAUAUAAAUGAUUAUAUAACUUUAUUAAAUUGUCCUAUGUUGUUGGAUAACUUUAUACAUUCUAAAUGCAUGUUCUUAGUUCCAUCUACAAGGACAUUAACAAGCCUAAGUAGUCAUUAUGAAGACUCUAUGAAAAUUGCAAUUGCUAAAAUGCUAAAUGAAAUUACUAUUCAAGGUGUUGCUACAACACCACUAUAUCAAAUACCUGUGUGUCUGAAAAAAAUAAAAUCUCUAAUUCAAAUGUUAGAUAUAUAAAUUAUUUUAUUAAAUGCCUAAUUUGUAAUGAUAAACACUUUAUUAAUAUUUUUGUAUUUUAGUCAAAGUGAAAUAAUUACAGCUUUAUCACGAUGGAUGGAUUUAUUAAAUAACAACAAACAAUUUUGUCUGGAACAAAAUCGAGAAAAACUAUUUUCUGUAUUGGUUUUAUCAUUACAAGAUAGAACUCAACCUACUCAGAUACAUGAUGCUUGUGGAGUUCUAUUACCAACAGUUACUGAACCUAUGCUUAUCCAUAUUUCUGAGUAUGGACCUUUAAUUGAACAAUUGUUAACACCAUUUUUAGAUGGUUCUAUUACACUCAAUCAUUUAAGUAAAAAGGUAUAUAUAUAUAUAUUUUGUUUCAUUAUUUUAGUCUUAGCAGAUAUGAUUUGAACAAUUAAGAUAAAAAUAUUGUAUUUAUGUAAUAAUAGAUAUUGUAUGUAUCAAAAGAUGUCAGUAAUCAUCUCAAUCAAGUAGAAUCUACUGAGCUAUUCCAUAUUUUAUUUUUAUAACAGAUGCCAACGCAUAUAUGUCUUGGAUUUUUUAUAUUCAUUUUUAAUGUACUGUAUUGUGUCUAUUAUACACAUAUAGUUACAACAUACAUAUGGUGUGUGUAUAUUUUUCUUGAUACUUUUAGACAUUUCUAGUGCCUUCCUCAACUAAAUAAGCUCAAAUUUAAAAACUGUGAGUUUUGUAGGCAGAUUGAAGUGAUAAAAGUUUGGUUUCAAUGUUCAAUCCUCUUACCAUUUUCUUGGAAGAAGUAUAAUUGUAAAAUUAUUCUAACUGUACUAAUUAUACUAAUUGUAGUAUUAUACUUCUAUAAUAUUUGGUUGUUUAAUUUUUCAAAGAAUAUUUUGAGUAAAUAAAAUAAGUUCAGGAAAAUUUAACUCUAGUGACAGUGUUAUAUGAUUAUAUAUAAUUAUUUUUGUAAUAUUAUACAUUAUAUUUAUUUGCGUUUUCAGACUCGUCUUUCAGUGAGAGUUCUUUCAUUAAAAUUUCUUUUAACUUACCCUGGGCAAGAAGAAGAAAUAAAAGUCUUGGUUUUAAUGAACUAUUUAAAUUCAUUAACACCUUCUGGAUUAAAUGAUUUAAAAAUGUUGUCUGAUGUUCUUGUCAACAGUGGACCCUAUAAAAUGUCUACUAGAAGGAUUAUUUAUCGUUCUGUUGAAGUAAUUACAUUAGUUACAUAUUUAAUAUUUUGAAAAUAAAUUGUUUCAAUUAAUCUUUUGUAGCCCUGUUUGAUUCAAGCUGUAACCCACUUAAAAAAAGACCUUCAAUCAGAAUCACUUAACCCUGUGAUGGAAAAAUGUGAAAGAGUGAUUACAUUUUUGUCAGAAAUGUAUGAGUUGUUACAUGAUACUAUGUCUCCUCAAUUUUUGCAAGUACUAAUGAAAAUAUUCGUUGAUUUAGAUAUGUAUGUAUUAUUAUAAACACUGAAAUAAAAAAAUUUAAAAAAAAGAUUAUUGUUAAAAUAUUUUUCUCUAUUUUAGGAUUUGGUCUUCAUGUACAGUGUUAACAAUCAAAAUGCUUGAAGUUCUUUCUUUAAUUGUUAAACGUUCUUCUAAAUCAAAUAAAGAGUUUACAUCUGUUGUAAUUAAAGUAGGGUUAGAGAAAUUAAUUCCUUUGGUAGCAUCUAAUUGCUAUCCUCCAACAGUUUCUGCACUUUUUAAUUUACUUUAUUGGUAAAAUUAUAUUUACAAAUGUUAUUAAAAUACCAAUUUGUAUUUGGUAUGAAUUAUUAAAUUAUUUUUAUUGUAACAUUUUUAGUGUUUUAAUGUUUAAGUGGAGGUAUUUUUUUCCUGCUUCUCCAUCUCUAACUAUGCACUCCAGUAAUGAUACUAAUAUUGACAAUGCCGAACAGUUUACAACUAUUCUUGAAGUAAUAGGAUACUCAUUUAUGACCAACGACAUAAGUAUUUUUUCACAAAACUUAAAGGCCAUUGAAGACUUACAUUCUAAAUGGAAUUUGUAUGCAAAGGUAAUACAUUUUUAUAAAGUGAUACUUUAAGAUUCUUGAAAUAAUUCUAAAGUGUACUUUUAUAGGAAUAUUUUAAACAUUACUUUCUCAGCAAAUAUAUGACUGUGCUAUUAAAUGUUAUGGUUAACAAAAGCCAUACAUUACUAUCAGAUGAAAUAUCAAUGGCUAUUUAUAAUAUGGCGAGUGUAGACUUUGAUUAUUUUUUUUUAAAAUUUUUACCUGAUUACUUAAAACAGACAGAUAAUAUCCGCAAUGAUCAACGGCAAUUUUUAAGACAAAAACGCAUGCAACCAGUCAAAGUAAGUAAAAUACAUCUUAUUAUUUGGAAAAAUAUUAUUUUUAAUUUUUUUUUUUCCAUAGGAAUUACCUACAUUUAUGGCAAAUCUCGCACAAUUAACAAAUGAUAUUAGGUGUUCAAAACAAAUUUAAACUUACUUAUGAAGGUAAAAUGACUGAUUUUUUUUCUUUGACCUGUAUUUCAUCCAUUUAAAAAAAAAAUUAUUUGUGGUUUAAAAAGCUAUUGUAAUAAUUAAGUUGUGAUUAUU